AUGGUGUCCCCGGACCCAAAAGAUACUCCUCCCAAACCGAUCAUCGAAACAAAAGAGAAGAAAGAAAGGCGCAGACGAGAGAAGGAAGAGCUUCUGGCAUACAAGCUGGACAUGAUCCACGAUCUCAGCGGGAAGCCACGUGGUUAUGCUUUCAUUGAAUAUAGCUAUAAAGCGGAAAUGUCAACACCUCGCCUGAUGUUCAUAUUUUACUUUUGCACUGGUUACUGGUUGAAUGAACAGUUUUUCUUCGUCAGCCGUGCAAACGCUGAGAUGGGCUCGUCGAUGGGAAUUCUCGCCCCUGAUGGAGUACUCGUCAAGGAAGACAGCCAUUUUUUUUUCAUGAGUCCGAAUACUCCUGAUGAAUGA